CAGGACGGGAAAGCUCAAGCGUUUCAAAUUAAAAGUAUAAACUGCAUAUAUACGAACGCCACGGUUUUACCGAAUGAAAUGGAUGGGCUGCGUGAAAUCAGUAACGCUAAUAACACUCAUCUGACAGAAAUAUUUGAAACAUGGAUAUCUUCUCAAUUCAUGAACCAAGAGUUACCAACACUCGGGAUUUCUUUGUUUUGCAACGACAAAGAACAAGAAUAGAUGGCGGAGCAGCCUUGUACCAGCAAUUUGACUUUGAAGUACUUCAAUUGCACAACCAAGAGUUUGCCAAUGUUGAUGAACCUGCAUGGCGUUCAGUAAGAUUAUCUACCACCUCUAAGUGUCCAGUUGGAGUCAACUACAGGAAGCCUACUACCGACAUUGAGUACGACAGCUGUAUUCUGGAAGGAUUAUCUCUCUCCACUCGUCUCAGAUUUACUCAUAUCUUGGCUCUUGAAGACUCUGAUCUUCCCAAAGUCCAUUUCACGGAACAUUCGUACACUCGAAGUCAAAACUCUGCCGAGGCUCGGACCUUCAAUGUUAUUGAAGAUCUGGGACUAUGCGAAAAUAUGAAGUCGACAACUCGUUGGAGGAACAAUCAGACGCCAUCGCGCUUCGACAGGGCGUUUACGAUCGAAGAAUUCUUAAUUGACGCCGCCGACCUUCUGACAGAACAGUACUCUCGAACAUUUCAACCAAUCCAUACUGACUUUAUCGAUGAAAGCUUCAUCUGUAACCCAACAGGACUCUCAGCAGUGAACUUGCGCGCUGAACUGAUUUACCGGAAAAGGAAGCACCUAAUAAAACACUUUACUGGUCUGGAUAUAGUCCAUUAUGCUUUACUGAGUGAAGUAGCUCUGCAAAAGCUUGGGUUGGUUGGUUAAGAGUUCACCUCAAACAACUAAGCAAAUAUCAAAACAGUAUAGUUCAACUAUUCAUCCACUUUAUUUGGUAUAGGCGUUAUAUUUCCUAUUAUCUUAUAUUGAGUGUUGAGAGGCUUUGUUUGUCUGAACAAAUAAUCCUAAGCUCCACUAUGACUGCGGGAAGGUCUAAAUAGAGACCUAUUCACUACUUGUCUGGUUUCUUCUAUCAAUAGCAAGAGGGUUACCUAGAGGCACGAAAGCUCCAACCUUAGCAACACUGCUUCGCGUGAUGUUCUCACAUUCGCUAGAACGAGGUGCAAUAUCGGAAAAUUGAAAGCUGGCUCACAUCACACCAAGUUUCAAAGGGUGUCGACAAAGCAAACCUUCAAGCUACCGACCGGUAGCACUUCUUUCGAGAGCCUCAAAAAUUAUGGAUUCGCUGAUGUGCGACGGUAUGCUCAAUUAUUUACUAUCCAUAAACUUUUCACCCCAACAGCACCGCUUAUUAAACGGUUACUUUUGAAUAACCAACCUGCUGACUGCGGUG